AUGCAUUUCAACUUCCCCUACCUCCUCGCCACCGCCACCGCGACAUGGGCUGCGGAACCGGCCCAGUCGAUGGGCUUCAUAGGCUGCUCCAUGGGCGAGAACGUCGCUGAAGGAUACGUCGCCGUCGGCGGGCAGCGCAUGUGGGGCCCAUACGGUACCGGCGGUCUGGUUGUUCAGUCGUGGACCAACAGCAGCUCGCAGGCCUGGCAGAUGUUCGACCAGCAAGUCGCCAAAUACGGCAAACCUGCCGCGGUCUGGGUGCAGAUCUGCAUUUUUGCGAACCCGGGAGCCACCUACGACGAGGUCAAGCAGCUCAUCGCCAACUCCCGCCAGCAUGCAGCGCCGGACGCCAAGAUCUACGUCACCGGACAGCCACUAUACGAUGCCGGGCAUACUUGCGGUUUGGCUGGGGCCGAUGGGCCACAGCUGACAGAUAGCCUGGCUAAACAGGCCGCUGCUGAUGCCUCCCAGAACGUGACCUACCCGGGUGCGUUCGCGCUGCACCCCGGUGAAGUGGCAGACAGCUGCCAUGCCAACAUGGGUGGGAUGACAUCGCUUGGCAAGCAAGCUGUGGGAUUUUGGGGUUGA